UCACACAUCUACACAGCAAACUUCUCUUUGUUUGAUCAGUAUAAUGGUGUUGAUUUCGUGAUUCGUGUAAAAUUUCAGUGAUGAAGGAUAAGAAUAAUGCUACAACGUCUUUACUGAAGCGGAUUUUGCUCAAUUGUUCUGCUCAGAUGACAAUUUUCAUUUUAGGCCAAACAAUAUGGUAGCUGUGUUUCGGCAAGGGUUCCAGAAGUUGAAAAAGACAUGUGUUUAAAAGAAUUUGUUGUGUUGAAGAAUUGCAUGCAGAAUGUGCUCCGAGGGAAGGUUUGACUUUAUAUGACAUAUCGAGCGAGUGAUAAGCCUUCAAUUGUCUUAAUCUACUUGGUUCGACUUAUCUGGGGUGAUAACUGACAACCUUAAGAAAGUGAACUUACAUAAGAUGACUGGAGAAUUAUCUUCUUCUGCUCUUUCGUGCUCCAGUGGAUCUAAUGCACUGUCUCAUGUUUAUAUUCAAUACCCACCUCUAAGAUGCAAUGUUCCCGGAUCAAGGAGUUUGUUUUAUGAUGACAGUAAUAAACUGAUUCUGUCUCUGACCCCUACUCAGGUAUUUUCAUGGAAAAUUGCUACAUAUAAUCCUUAUGCUGCUCCCUCGUCUGAUCGAAUAAGUGAAGGACCAGUCCUUUCUAUUCGAUAUUCAUUAGAUCUCAAGCUUUUGGCUAUUCAACGAUCGAGUCAAGAGAUCCAAAUAUGGAACAAAGAUACUGGAGAUACUUUUAGUCAAAAGUGUAGGUCUGAGUCAGAAAGCAUUCUGGGGUUCUUUUGGACUGAUUGUCCGACCUGUGAGAUUGUUUUUGUGAAAACGAGUGGGCUGGAUAUGUACACAUAUGGUACUGAGUCCCGGAACCUACAGUUGGUCCAGACUAAGAAACUGAGCAUUAGUUGGUAUAUCUACACUCAUGAAAGCAGGUUGGUACUGCUUGCGUCAGGAAUGCAAUGCAAAAGUUUUACUGGUUUUCAGCUGUCAUCUGCAGGGAUAAUCCGCUUACCUAAGUUUGAGAUGGUGAUGGCCAAACCUGAGGCGAAUAGUAACCCUAUUCUUGCUGCUGAAGAUGUCCAUAUUAUCACUGUGUAUGGCAGGAUAUACUGCCUGCAGUUUGAUAAAGUUGCUAUGCUACUUCGCUCAUAUAGGUUCUAUAGAGAUGCUGUAGUACAACAAGGUUCUCUUCCAGCUUAUUCGGAUAGAAUUGCUGUCAGUGUUGUUGACAAUGUUUUACUAGUUCAUCAAGCGGAAGCAAAAGUUGUCAUUGUAUACGAUAUAUAUGCAGAUUCACAAGUACCAAUUUCCGCCCCGCUUCCAUUAUGUUUGAGAGGAUAUUCUAGAGCUAACGUUGCAGCUUCUCAUACUUCUACAAAAACUUCAGAGGCUUCAGAGUCCAAAAAUUUGAGUGACACCGAAGAAACUACCUAUGGAGAUCAGUGGCAAUUUCUUGUACCCGAUCUUGUUCUUGAUGUUUCUAAUGGGUCUUUGUGGAAAAUCAGUAUGGAUUUGGAGGGAAUUUCGGCUAGUAGCUCAGAAGUUCAACUUAUUCUUGAAUUCUUACAAAGAAGGAAACUGGAUGCGGAAAAGGCUAAACAGUUGUCGCUUGCGAUUGUCCGUACCAUUAUUUUGGAAAGGAAACCUGUGCCUAUGGUUGCCAGGGCUAUGGAUGUCUUACUUGCAGCAUACUCACAAGCAAUCAAAACAGGAAGCUAUUAUAAGAGAAGCAUAACAGAAGAAAUUUCACCAUCAAAUGCUCCUAAUGCAGCUGUUGGUGAGACAAUCACUGGAAUUGAUGUGUCCAGAAGCAUCAACCAAGAACCUGAAAGUGUCACUCGGAAUGAUUCUUCUAAAAGGUCUAUCAUGGACGGAUCUAUUGAAAAAACAGAAACGGGGGAUCUGUUGGAGCCUGGUUUGUUAGGUGGUGAAGAUCUUCCAACUGGGCAUUCUCAAACUCUUGGGCCUACUAACAACCAGUUAAACUCUAGUGCUUCUCAAAGGAACCAAUCCCAAGUAACUUCUUCAGCUGCUACUUCACCUGCAGAUUUCUACAACUACGUGUUUUCUCCAACAGUGGAAGAGAUGAUGGGAGAUGGAUCUUAUCUGACAGCGAUAAUUGUUGAUUUUCUUCGAAGUUGUAGCCUGGAAAAAUUGAAGGUCUAUCCCAAUACCUAUGUCUUGUUGGUGCAAAUCCUGGCCCGGGAUGAGCGUUAUGCUGAACUUGGAUUGUUUAUCAUAAACAAGAUUAUUGAGCCUUCCAAAGAAGUAGCACUUCAACUGCUGGACUCUGGACGCCAGAACCAACAAAUUAGGAAGCUGGGCCAGGAUAUCCUCAGACAGCUCUCGUUGCAUCAUGACUAUAUUUUACUCCUUGUACAAGAUGGUUAUUACCUUGAGGCUCUUCGCUAUGCACGGAAGAACAAGGUGACCACCGUCCGGCCCUCUUUGUUUCUGGAAGCAGCAUAUGUUUCUAAAGAUCCACAACAUCUAGCUGCAGUUCUCAGGUUCUUUUCUGAUUUCAUUCCCGGCUUCAAGAGCAGUCCUGACCACAACACAUAUCAUCGCUUUGUUGCUGAGCUGAAUUCCUAAGUUACCGGCUAGGGUUUAUAGAGACAUCCUCCAAAACCCAACUAUCGAGUGGAAUAGAAGGUUCUUUACAUGCUUUAACUUCUUGUUUGUUCUCCACCUCUGCUUUCCAUUGAUAAAACAUGCUGGGUUGUAAAGAAUCCUAGAUGUGCACGCAUUGCUCCCAGUCCCAGUACUAAUACAGCACUCUGCUUUCACUGUUUCUUUCCUUAUAAUAUUAUGACUUGUAAGUUUGUAACUAAAUUCUAUUCCUAAAUUUUAACUGAAAAUCUGAUUUUCCACUUUCUUACUUUUCACA